CGUCUUGGCGCGGUCAGCUGACUGCUGUCAUGUGAAACACCAGCGCGAAGCGGAACAGAGUAAAGCAGCCGAGGGCAUCUCCUAUGGCUCAGCUGAUCAGCUCGCCACUUGUUCUUUCGCUGCUACUUUUGUGCCUCCUUCCCCUGCGGGCUGAUGCCGCUCCCUAUGAGCCUACCUGGGAGUCGUUGGAUUCCAGGCCGCUUCCCACGUGGUUUGAUGAAGUCAAGUUUGGGAUUUUUAUCCACUGGGGGUUGUUCUCUGUACCCAGCUUCGGCAGCGAAUGGUUUUGGUGGUAUUGGAAGAAAGAAAAGAGAGAAUCUUACAUAAAAUUUAUGGAGAUGAACUACCCUCCUGGAUUCAGUUAUGAAGAUUUUGGACCCUUGUUUACAGCAGAGUUUUUUGAUGCUGACCAGUGGGCAGAUCUUUUGAAAUCUUCAGGUGCCAGAUAUGUAGUCUUGACUUCGAAACAUCACGAAGGAUUUACCCUAUGGGGAUCUAAAUAUUCUUGGUCUUGGAAUGCUGUUGACAUUGGACCAAAGCGGGACAUUGUGGCUGAGUUGGCUUCGUCCAUUAGAAACAGGACCAGCUUACACUUUGGGCUGUACCAUUCACUAUUUGAAUGGUUCAAUCCUCUCUUUCUUAGUGAUGCCUCCAAUUUAUUCAGAACCAAACAAUUUCCAAAUGCCAAGGUGCUCCCAGAGCUGUAUGAGAUUGUGAAUUGGUACCUCCCAGAGAUUCUGUGGUCAGAUGGAGAUGGGAAUGCCCCAGACACUUAUUGGAACAGCACUGGAUUUCUAGCUUGGCUUUAUAAUGAGAGCCCAGUUCGAGAUACAGUUGUAACAAAUGAUCGCUGGGGAACUGGCAGUAUCUGUAAACAUGGAGGAUAUUACACUUGUUCAGAUCGCUACAAUCCAGGACAUCUUUUGCCUCACAAGUGGGAAAACUGCAUGACAAUUGACAAAAAGUCAUGGGGAUACAGGAGGAAUGCACAGUUGAGUGAUUACCUCACAAUUCAAGAGCUUGUAAAGCAACUUGUAGAAACUGUGUCCUGUGGAGGAAAUCUCCUGAUGAACAUUGGACCUACCCAUGAUGGUCGCAUUUCUGUUAUUUUUGAAGAGCGCCUGACACAAAUGGGGAAAUGGCUGUCAGUGAAUGGAGAAGCCAUUUUCAGUACAAAACCUUGGAGAGCUCAGAAUGAUAGUGUUACACCGGAAGUAUGGUACACUUUCAAACCAAAAGAAAAUGUCCUAUAUGCAAUUUUCCUUAACUGGCCAUCUUCUGGAUUUCUUGUGCUUGGUGAACCAAAAGGUAGUGCUGAGAUGACAGAGGUAAAAAUGAUUGGCUAUGGAGAACCACUGAAAUGGACUUCUUUAGGAGAACAGGGAAUUAUAGUCACUAUACCUCAAUUACCCUUUAGUACAUUGCCCUGUGAAUGGGCUUGGACACUGCAGCUGACCAAAGUAAACUAGUGGCAAACAUCCCUUACUUAUGAAUUGCCAUUAUAGUAUUUUGAUAAUCAGAUCUCAGUUAACAUGGAGUUAUUUUUGGAGGGAAUGUGGGCAUCCACACACUGAUCCUUACAGUUUCAGUUUCUCAAAUGCCAUGUGAAACAGAGUCCUAUCAAUAGGGGUCCAUGUCAGAAAAAGUUUAUAAAAUUCAAAGUGAUCUCAGAAGUUCAUAAAAGGUGAGAAGUUCAGAACUUCACAUUUUCUGCUUCAAAAAAGCAUUAACCUACCAGGCAGAAGUCUACCAUUAGUCAUAAAGGAGAGAAUCCUUAAAAGAGAUCAUCUGUAUAGCCCCACUAACCUUUUAAGCCUGUCUUUAAUUAUACUGAAUAUGAACAAUAGCUUUUUAAAAAGCGGCAAGUCUUUAUCCAGCUAGAGAUAACCAUAACUGUACCUUUAGAAGUAAAGACACACUAGUUGUUUCACUGAGACUGGAGGACAAACUAGACAUGAUUUCCACAGGUCUAACUGUUGGACACCACUGCUAUGUUAAAGAAAUUUUAAAGUGUCAGAAGGGCUUGAUCCUGAUCAAGGCCUGCAGCACAGUGGGUGCUCUUGUUUUCUUCAUGCACCUUUUCAAGUACUGAAACAGCUGCUAGAUGGUGUGGGGGCACACAUAAGACUUCCUCAGCCCUCCAUGCUGCAGACCCUUGCAUUUUAAAAUCUCUUUUAAAUGCAGUGGCUGCCAUGCCUAGUUUCACCCUGAGUCAUGAUGAUUCUUUGAAACGAUGUUGCACAGCAGGACUUGGAUCCUACUCUUGACUGACUGUAAAUGAUCUACAGCUGUACAUUAAUGCUUUUGUAAUCAGCAGUUAACUAUUAGGGUUGUUAAGGUGCUGCUCUCUCAGGGGGAUGUUUAGUGAUUUUUAAAUAACCUGAUAAUCUUAUCUAAAUGUUGGUGAUACACUUGUAUCUACCUGCAACACUUCUCUACAGUCCUUUUAUCUAUAAACAACUACAGGGUAGUUUUGUGAAUCAGUGCUGGCAUCCAGCUUGGAUAGCCUUUUGUUCUGUAUUUAAACCUUUACAGCUAUGUGUUAAGGACAUAAAAUAACAAAGUCUAGUUCAGAAACAGGCAUAUGAAAAGGAGAUUAUAAUUUCUUUUGCUAUGGUAUAUUAAUAAACAGAAGAUGACAAAA